GAAGAAGAAGAAGAAGAAGAAGAAGAAGAAGAAGAAGAAGAAGAAGAAGAAGAAGAAGAAGAAGAAGCUGAAGCUGCUGCUGAAGCUCUGUUGGCCAGACGGUGGCAGAACCAAAUGUAUUGGUACUGUUUCCACACGGAUCUUUAUUCACGUAGCACCGCCCAUCCACAUGUGUAAACAAGGAGCCGGGUAACUUAUAGAAUAAUUAACGACAUUAUAGGUGAUGGGCUGGCGGCAGUAAUCUCAAGUACUAGUUAAUAUAAGAUUUGUAAACAACAAAACGGUGCAUCAGAAAUAUAACGUUAUUUUGAUCAAACAUGGCGUCCUCGGCGGAGAAAUGUGAUAGCGACGAUGGCAUGGACGAGUUCAUGGACAAAUUCAAGAGCCAGAGAUAUAAAAAUGCCUUCAGUGAAAACAGCUGGGAAGAGGAGUUUAAUAAAGUGCCCAUGUUCAUGAAAACAGCCCCUGAAGAGAUUGACCCACAAAAAUACCCAGAACUAGCUUGUCUCCAGGCCAUUAUCCAUGAUGAAGAUAGAUCCCCAGAAGAGCAAGCAAAGAGCCUGAAAGAUGAGGGAAAUGCGUUUUUCAAGGAGAAGAACUACCAAAAGGCCAUACUGUCCUAUACAGCAGGUUUGAAGAAGAAAUGUGGUGACCAGGACCUCGACACUGUUCUCCUCACCAACCGGGCGGCAGCACACUUCCACCUGGGUAACAUGCGCUCUGCGUUGAAUGAUGCUGCAGCUGCAAAGAAGAUCAAACCAGACCACCUUAAAGCCGUGGUCAGAGGUGUUCAGUGUUGUAUAGAGCUGCGCAACUUUGCAGAGGCCAUCCAGUGGUGUGAUGAGGGGCUCAAGGCCCAUCCCACUGACAAGAAGCUGCUGGAGCUGAGAGCAACAGCAGAUAAACACAAGAGAGCAGCAGAGAGAGAUGCCAGGAAGGCCAAGGCUAAAGAAAAAAAGCUGCUUGGUGAGAAAGAAGCUCUUCUGGCUGCUAUAAAGGAUCGAGGCAUCAAGCUCCUCCAGGAUGUGAAGCCUCGUCAGCAUGGUUCAGACAGUGAGGAUGAAGGCUCCUCAGCAGCGAUAUUACAGCGGAGCCUGGAAGGCCUCAGCUCUCAGGAGGCCACGGGGGCUCAGGUCUUCCUGGACGAGCAGGGCUCUCUGCACUGGCCUGUUCUCUUCCUCUAUCCUGAACACCAGCAGAGUGACUUCAUCUCUGCUUUCUGUGAGAAUAACUGUUUCAUAGAUCACCUGGCGGUCAUGUUUGGAGAAGAACUUCCACCUUGGGACACGGACAGAAAAUACAACCCACAAAAUUUGCAGCUGUACUUUGAAGAUGAGAAGAAGGAGACACUGUACCAAGUAAACCCAGAGACGUCACUUUUAAAAGUGUUACAGCAUAAAAGGUUUUUCAUCAAAGCAGGCACUCCCAGCUUCAUUGUUCUGGUAAAUGGCUCGUCAUUCUGGAAGCAGUUUUUAACAGGAAAGAAAAUACAAGGAUUGUAAAAACAUGGCCCUUCAAAUCUUGGACUUUUAAUACACAAAAUUCCCUUUUCAACCCCAGAAGUCUGACUUUGUUAUUGGAAAAAGACACCAUGGCAAACUUUAUGUCUCUCGUGGCCAAGAGCAAGACACACUGUUUGACACCAAAUAUCAAUAUAAAUGAAUAUAAAACUAAUGAGAUCUAUAAAAGUAAUCCAUGUAUAUUCUUUGUGUUUCUGUCUGUACAAAUAUACACUGCAGAUUGAAAACUAUGUAAAGACAUUUUCUUUUUUUUAUUAUUUUAAACUGCCUAAUUAGACAAAUUAAUGACAAACAAAACAACCAAACAUUAAUUGAAAAGAGAAGAACAAAACAUGUAUUAAGUAUAAACAAGUGAUGUAAGUGCUUAUGAGUAAAUAUUUAAAAAAAAAAAAAAAA